UCAAAAAAGGAAAUUAUAAACGAUACCCAAAAUCUAUAAAAUAACCCUAAACCAUGAUCAAGCUUAAUCACUCACAAUUCUUUUCUCACUCUGCGUAAACUCUCGAAGAAGCUUUUGUUUUGUUUUUGCCAUGGAUUCUCUUUCUUCUUCUUCUACUUCGACAAAGAUGAAGAACAACAACAAGCUCUCUGUCAGAAACCAAACCCGUUUCAAGAAAUCGUUCUUGUUGUUAAGAGAGAAGACCAUUCUGAAGAAAGCGUUAGAGCUUUCCAUUCUCUGCGACAACGAUAUUUGUGUGAUACAUUACGACCGUGAAGGAAAUCUCGUCAAUGCUUAU